AUGGCUAACUCUCAUGAUAAUGACGUUGAGAAGAGAGCGAUAAUUCAUGACCCAACCACGAAAAAAGAUUUUGGGGUAUAUCGCUGGUAUCGAAAUGACUUAUUGUAUUACGAAAAAGCUCUUGUACUACGAAUACUAACCGCUAAUGGACUAAUAUCCGAUUUACCUCAAGAGAACUUGAAGAGAGCCUUAUAUCCUACUCCAAACCCUUUUGUCGAAUCAAAAUCCGCUAAACGGGCUAAUAACCUCGAACUACGCUUCGUCUCCUCUGUUGCACGACUCGAUGGAACCCUCAUUGAAGAGUCCCAGAGACAUUUUUCUAGAGGCGACUACGUCCACCUAGAGGACCCUAAAUUGGGAAUUGCAACGCAAGGCUUAGACACCGAACUAGCUGAACUUCUCUUCUUGUGCUCCAAGGUUGAAUUAUUCUUCUUUGAACAUUCAGCAUUGGGCUUCGAUACCUAUCUGGUCAGAAUCUUGGAUAUGCUUAGAACGACCAAAUUUCGAUUCGGCCCCUCCCAGAAACGGGCUCCCAAACCAUGUUGUUCCUCGGCCUCGUUUAUCCCCACAUUGCGAGACUACAUAACCUCAACUUUAGUUCUCAAAGGGUCAUCUGGAUAUGCUCAACUUGCCUGCUUCUCCAAGAAAGUCACUCGAGAAUCAAAUUGUGGCAAAGUUCGCGCGAAAAGGAAUUUGAGAGACCUACCCAAAGCAAUAACAUACUGGUCAUCUGUGGCCGUUCAAAUAUUAUAUUGUGGACUGGAACUUAUGAGAAUCUUCCAAAAUAGCAUCUUUAAAAAUAGAACCCCUAGUCCAUCCUAA